CCGUAACCGGGGUGCUGAGCCUGAGCGGCCGGAAACUGAGGGAGUUUCCCCGGGGAGCGGCCAACCACGACCUGACGGACACCACCCGGGCUGACUUAUCACGAAAUCGCCUCUCAGAAAUUCCUAUAGAAACAUGUCACUUCGUUUCUCUUGAAAAUCUCAACUUGUACCAGAAUUGUAUUAGGUAUAUCCCAGAGGCAAUUCUAAACCUACAGGCUCUAACAUUCUUAAAUUUAUCACGAAAUCGCCUCUCAGAAAUUCCUAUAGAAACAUGUCACUUCGUUUCUCUUGAAAAUCUCAACUUGUACCAGAAUUGUAUUAGGUAUAUCCCAGAGGCAAUUCUAAACCUACAGGCUCUAACAUUCUUAAAUAUCAGCUGCAAUGAAAUUCAAACUAUACCUUCCCAAAUUGGUAAUCUGGAGGCCUUGAGAGACCUUAAUGUAAGAAGAAAUCACUUAGUACACUUGCCUGAAGAGCUAGCAGAAUUGCCUUUGAUACGGAUAGACUUCUCAUGCAAUAAAGUCACAACAAUCCCUCUUUGUUAUCGGAACCUCAGGCACCUACAGAUGAUCAUCCUAGAUAACAAUCCUCUACAAUCACCUCCUGCACAGAUAUGUAUAAAAGGCAAAAUUCACAUAUUUAAAUACCUGAACAUACAAGCUUGCAAGAUUGCUCCUGAUCUGCCCGAUUAUGAUAGGAGACCCUUGGGUUUUGGCUCUUGCCAUGAAGAACUAUACUCAGGUCGCCCUUAUGGAGCCCUUGAUUCCGGUUUCAAUAGUGUGGACAGUGGUGAUAAGAGAUGGUCAGGGAAUGAGCCUACAGAUGAAUUUUCAGAUCUUCCUCUUCGAGUAGCAGAGAUUACCAAAGAACAAAGACUACGAAGAGAAAGCCAGUACCAAGAGAAUCGCAGCAGUUUAAUAGUAACAAAUGGUGGAGCAGAACAGGAUCUGGAUCAGAUUGACUACAUUGACAGCUGUACCGCUGAGGAAGAAGAAGAAGUGAGGCAACCCAAGGGCCUGAACUCAGACAGCCUUAGCACUGAGUUUAUGGCUUAUAUUGAACAACGGCGAAUCUCACAUGAGGGUUCACCAAUAAAGCCAGCAGCCAUUAGGGAGUUUCAAAAAACAGAAGACAUAAGAAGAUACUGUCAUCAAAACAGAGUUCCAGUUGAGCCAUCAUCUCUCUUACCACUGUCAGCUAGUCACAAUCAGCUUUCACAAACAGACUUGGAGCUUCAUCAGAGAAGAGAGCAAUUAGUUGAGCGUACUCGGAGAGAGGCACAGCUUGCUGCCCUACAGUAUGAGGAGGAGAAAACAAGGACCAAGCAGAUGCAGAGAGAUGCCGUUCUAGACUUUGUCAAGCAAAAAACAUCAAAGAGUCCACAAAAACAACUGUGCUUAGAUGGUGAGUGUCCUUUCCCAUCCAGAAGGUCUCAGCAUACUGAUGAUAGUGCCUUGUUAGUGUCACUGUCAGGGUUGGAUCAAGUGGGCUGUACUGCUCCCCUGCCUCCUUCUGCCUUCACGCCACUUAAGAAUGAUGACAGAUCUAAUGCCGUAUCAAGUUCAUCAAUAACAGAAACAGUUCAUCAUUCCCCUGCAUAUUCUUUUCCUGCUGCUAACCAGAGAAAUCAGCCCCAACGCCCUGAAAGUUUCCUUUUCCGAGCAGCCGUUAGGGCUGAAACAAAUAAAGGUCAUGCUGCACCCCUUCCAUCUUCUGCACCCACCACUGAUUGUACAGCUCCUGUAACAAGACAGAAUUCGAGACAAAGAGAAGAAGAGCUGGAACUAAUAGACCAACUACGGAAACAUAUUGAGUACCGGUUGAAAGUAUCUCUGCCUUGUGAUCUUGGAGCAGCUCUAACCGAUGGUGUUGUUCUUUGCCAUUUGGCCAACCAUGUGCGGCCUCGAUCUGUCCCAAGUAUUCACGUUCCUUCACCAGCUGUACCAAAAUUAACAAUGGCCAAAUGCAGGCGAAAUGUGGAGAAUUUUCUAGAAGCUUGCAGAAAGAUUGGUGUACCUCAGGAGCAAUUAUGCUUGCCUCUCCACAUUUUAGAAGAGAAGGGUUUGAGCCAGGUUGCAGUGACGGUCCAGGCUCUCCUGGCACUCGCCCCACCCAAGCAGCAGCAGCACCAGUUAUCUGCUGUGUAAGGACUCCUGGGACCUUGGGCACUGGCCUGGCCAGAACAAGGAACAGACACCGCGAUUGCUGCUGCCAGCCAUCUGCUUAACAAAGCUCGAAUGUGUUCUUAGAAGGGACUGUUUCCAUGAUUCCUAUCAGGAAUGUUGUACUUCAUUUCUCCAUUUUAGGGGAGGGUAUAUCCUUUUCAUUGAAUUUUUUAUGAAGACACAUUGGUUUUCUCAAAUGAAACGUCUCUCGUUACUGAGAACCCAGCCACACCGAAGUCUAAGCUGGCUGUGCUUUCCUAGAGUAGACUUGUGGGUACCAGAGAGGUCUUCCCAGGGGAUGUGAAGCGCUCCUGGAGGCCAAGACAUGCCAUGAUCUUUACCGGUUCCCGGGACAUGUGGAGCCCACUGGCUUCUAAACUCUCCUGCAGCAUUUGUUCAAAUACAGAUUCACAUUUAGUCGAUCUGGAGUGAGACCUGGAAAUUCGCAUUUUCGGCAGACAUUCCAGGUGUUUUUCAUGUAGUACAGACCACUGUACCAAGCUAGGUAUUCUUACAGAUUUCGAGAGUAAUGCCCCCACAGCUUCUUUCAACCAUAUUUACAAUCAGAGCUGCAGUAUGACAACUUGGCUGUACUGUCAAAGGCAAAACAGGCUGGGGCCAUGUGGGAGAACCAGGUUCAGUCCCCAGUCCACCUGAAAGCCAGGCUUCAUAUGCCUGUAGUCCCAGCUACUCAGGAGGCUGAAGCAGGAGGGUUGUGACGUAGUUAGACCCUGUUUAAAAAAAAAAAAAGAAGAAAGAAAGAAAGAAAGAAGUAAUAUGGAAGGCCUAGAUUUUGGAUAGUAAAACAGUGAAAGAAAUAGUUAUAUUUAGGGCCAGUGUUCUGGGUCCCCCUCUGACUUCGGGCCACGACCACAGCAGCUUUUUGCAGAGAUGGCUCUGUAUCAUCCUGCUAUUAUCUGAACUUAUAAACAGGUUCUUCACACACAGGGCCGACCCCUCAGUGCUGCUCACACACACUACUUGGCAGCAUUUGCGCUGCCUGCAUGGAACCACCUUAUCCCACGCUGCUUCUGGACACCUGGCUCUUAGAUUAGGUCCACUCAUAGCGGACACUUCUGCAGCUUUCCAGCUAAUGGAAGGACAUGAAAACAAAGUAAAAGAAGCAGGAAAAGCCACGUUUCUUCUAUUUUUUCCAGGUAACUGCCAGUUUCUGUGGCUUCUUAAAGCAUUUAAGGCUUUUUUUUUUCUUUAUAAUUUUUGCCAUAAGGUGCCCACAUUUGCCAGGGAGAGACAGAAAGGAAAAGUGAGAAACACUCCUAGAGGGGACAGCCA